AUGGGUCGAGGUUUCUUCCCCGCGGUUUUGGCCAUCGGAAUGGGCGUCUUCACAGGCUACUACACCUUCCAACCAGCCUUACGAGAGCUCCAAUACGAAAAAUCACAUGGACCGGGAAGCGCAUUUCUAGGACAAUCGACAGACCGAAAAGAAUCUCCACCUGCUGCCGGAAACGACUCCGGCGCUGCGUCUGCGUCCUCAUCGCCGCGGUCUGCUGUGCAGGAAGAGCAAAAAUAA